GAGCCAAGUUGCUUUUCUCUCGCAAAGGUCACUUUCCCUGCUCCUUUCGAUUCUGCCCUACGCUUUCCCCAAACCAGAAGGCGACAGCCUCCGUGUAGGCGACGGUACUGAAAGGAGACCGGCGCGAGCGGCGGCACCGACUGGGGAAUCUUUAUCAACAAUGAUAAAGCUUUUUAAAAUUAAGGACCAAAGACGGGAGGAUGCAGCAAAUUCCAGUGGAAAGGCUCCUAUCAAGAAGCAAAGUGCUGGAGAAUUGCGUCUUCACAAAGAUAUCAGCGAGCUGAAUCUACCAAAAAGCACAGACAUAACUUUUCCAAAUGGCAAGGAUGAUCUGAUGAAUUUCGAAAUCAGCAUAAGACCUGAUGAAGGUUACUAUCAAGGUGGUACGUUUAUUUUCACAUUCCAAGUAUCUCCUUCUUAUCCUCAUGAGCCACCAAAGGUCAAAUGCAAGACAAAGGUUUACCAUCCUAAUAUUGACUUGGAGGGAAAUGUCUGCCUUAACAUUCUGCGUGAAGACUGGAAGCCUGUGCUUAGCAUAAAUACUAUUGUUUAUGGCUUGAUUCUUCUCUUCAUGCAACCCAACGAUGAGGAUCCAUUAAAUCACGAUGCAGCAGUGGUUCUCCGCGAUAAUCCCAAGUUGUUCGAGGCCAAUGUGAGGAGGGCAAUGGGUGGAGGGUAUGUGGGUCAAGUCUACUUCCCGAGGUGCAUAUGAGAAGGCUAGUAUAUAGUGCAUAAUACGCGAACUGUUAUAAAUUUGUCCUGGGAAACAAUGCGUAUGGUCAAAAAAGAUUUUAAUGUGGUGCUAUAUAAUGUGAAACUAGUUGUGUGUGACGUUUCCGGUGCUAGUUGUUUUUAAAGAUUAGGCCAUGGCGGCCCCCCUA